AUGAAAGCUACUACGACUCUUCCCUUGGUGGCCGCCCUCGUGGCUGGUGUCUCUGCUCGGGCUCCCGUCACCCUCAACUUGACUGGCCAUAUUGAUGCUUCCCAGGUCAUGUCCUUUGUCUACGUCCCGUUCCAAGUUGAGCCCGAAACCACCUCGGUCUAUGUCCUGCAGACCUACUCUCUCCAGGGCAAGGAUAAUGCCCUGGACCUGGGCGUUUUCGAUCAGCGUGGAUAUCAGCUGAUGAAUACUGUCAACGACACCUUCGGAUCUCGCGGAUGGUCAGGCGGUUUCCGUAAUAACUUCACCAUCACUCCCUCCUGGGCAACCCCUGGCUACAACCCAGGCGCUAUCGAGCCCGGUACCUGGAACGUAGUUCUUGGUCCCUACAACUCCGUUCCCGAGGGUAUCGACUGGCAGUUGCAAAUUGUCAUGGGAUUCGACCCAGUUGACACUUACUUCUCUCCCACUUUUGCACAAGUCGACUUUGACACCAUCGGUCAGUUCGAGCGACAGGAGUGGCUCCGCGGGGACUUCCAUAUGCACACAGUCUAUUCCGAUGGAAAGUACACCCCAGAUGAGCAGAUCCAACAUGCCGUGGCUCAGGAUCUCUCGUUCAUCUUCUUCUCUGACCACAACACCGACACCAGCAACAACAUUAUCGGCGCUUACCAGCAGGCCUUGGCUCCGGAUCUCCUGAUCUGCCGCGCCAUCGAGGUGACUACUCGCCACGGACAUUGGCAAGCUGCCGGCCUCGACCGCGAGCAGCUCAUUGAUUGGCGUUACCAGGAUGUCGCGGGCUUCGCCGAAGCUACUGAGCAGGUUCACCGCGCCGGUGGCUUCGUUUCCGUCAACCACCCCUUCGCUGCUUGCGCAGCCUGCAACUGGGGCUUCGAUGACUGGGACCACAACGAUGCCAUUGAAGUUUGGAAUGCUGACUUUGAUUCAACCGAUCAACAGGCCAUUCAGAAAUGGCACGAGCUCCUCGUUGCUGGAAAGUUUACCGCCGCCAUCGGUGGAAGUGACGCCCACUCUCCCCCUUCCAUGAACGGAGUUCCCACCACUGUCGUCAACUCUCGCGGCCGCAAGCAGUCUGCUAUCGUCGCGGCUGUCAAGAAUGCCCGCGCUUAUGUCGUUGAAGGUCCUGGCAAGUCGAUGGAGUUCCACGUCAACGUGCAGAACACCGUUGCUCAGAUCGGCGACAAGGUUCACGGAAGCUCCAGAGGUGCCCAGGCCUUCCUUACUGUCGAGGGCAUGAACGACCAGAAGGCUUGCUUUAUCUCUGAUAAGGGGUACUUUUAUAACACCACUAUCAGAGAUGGAAAGACCCUCCAUCACCAGCUUCCUACCGACUUCAAGUUUGUGAGAGUGGAGGUCAGGAACGUGACUGACGAUUCAGCGAUUGGUCUGACCAACCCCAUCUGGUUCUUAUAA